GUUUGGCACUGCUCAGGUAAGGACCAUGUCAUUGUGCACAUAGUUGGUACGGUCCUUGCACUCAUCACCAGCCUUCCCCUAUACAUGGUGAAGCCUCACCUGUCCCAAGGCUUCUGCACACAGAUCUCUAUGGAAAUGCUGGACUGAUUUUGACGACAAUGAGGAACAAGACUUGUAUAAACUCAUCAUGGUUCUCAAGAUCCACUUUGCACACCUUUCUUCUUGGGUUUACGUUUGUUGGCCUCGGAUCGAGCCGUGUCCUUUUGGUGAAAUUCUCCGCCAAUGAGGAUGGUUCAUAUGACUAUGUUCCAGCCACAGUAAAUGUGUGUGCAGAGGCUGUCAAGCUCUUGUUUUGUAUGAUAAUGGCUUUUCGAGUGAUUAUGAAAGAAAGGCGAUCAUUGCGUUGCUCUUCUUGUUUUACAUUGAAGGAAUUCUGCCGCUACAUAAAAUGGGCUGUCCCAGCAUUUCUCUACUUUUUAGACAAUCUUAUAAUUUUCUAUGUCCUGACCUAUCUACAGCCAGCCAUGGCUGUAUUGUUGUCCAAUUUUGUUAUCAUUACAACUGCGUUCUUCUUUAGGAUAAUAUUAAAACGGCAACUUUCAUAUGUUCAGUGGGCAUGUCUCCUAAUACUCUUCCUCUCCAUAAUGGGCCUCACAUCACCAAAUGGCACCCACAAAGAAGUCUCCGUUCAUGUAGUUCACCACAUUUUUCACUCAAAACCAUCCAACAGCUGUAUUUUUAUAGCAAAGCCUGAAACUGAAGCCCACAAAAUCAGUGAUCAGGCAAUACAGAGUACACUGAAAUAUAUCCCCCUUGGAUUUGGACACUUUUUGAUUUUACUGCAGUGUAUAAUAGCUGCUCUGGCGAAUAUCUACAAUGAGAAAAUCUUGAAAGAUGGGGACCAGAUUUCAGAAAGCAUUUUUAUUCAAAAUUGCAAACUUUACAUGUUUGGUGUUUUGUUCAAUGGGCUCACAUUGUCUCUUCACAGUGAGCACUUCAGCAAAAUCAAGUCCUGUGGAUUUUUUUAUGGCCAUAAUGGAUUUUCAAUUGCUCUCAUUUUUGCUACUGCAUUUGUUGGGUUGUCAGUGGCUUUUAUACUGAAAUUCAGAGACAAUAUGUUUCACGUACUCACAGCACAAGUGACAACUGUUAUAAUUACAGUUGUGUCAUUUUUUGUAUUCAAUUUUAAGCCCUCUCUGGAAUUCUUUCUUCAAGCUCCUGUGGUUCUUCUCUCUAUAUAUAUUUAUAAUGCAAGCAGAAUAAUAGAAUCCAAAGGUCCUGCACAACGUGAAAAGUUAAAAAUAGUAAAUGGAGAUGUUUGGGAGCGCUCUCGUGGUUUAAUCGGGAACCUUUUGAUCCAUUGUUUAAGGGAACCUCUAGACAGCCCAUGGAUGGUGAAGAGCUUGAACAAUUAACCAGAGCAAGUGAUGACUCCGAGACUGAUGAAGACAUUUUUUAAUACAUGUGAUGUUGGACAGACUGAAAAAGAAUGUACUGUAUUUUGAAAAAAAGUUUACACUUAUGGGACAUAUUAUUUUCUGGAAGAACUACUUUGGUAGUGGAAAAAUGGUGGUUUGUACGAGAUGGCUCAUAUUUAUUUUGUACAGUUCUGGAAAAAACAAAACAUUUCUGGGUUGAGAAGAAUAUAAAAAGAGAAAUUUUUGCUAAAAAUAUUUACGGUAGGGCAUUUUGUCCCAUAUAAACUAUGCUGCAAAGAAGAAAUGUUGUUGCCCUGAAGCUUCUUACACAGAUCUUUAAUGUUUAAUCCCCUGCCUCAACUCCUAGUUAUUUGGGAUUUCCAGAUUGGGGAUCAUACUUUGACCAUGUGCCUGCAGGAAAGCUAGUAUUACUGAACAGGGCUGUAGGUGCUUUGUAGUCUUAACUUUGCUGUUACAGAUUGACUUAGACCAGUGUUUCCCACCCAGGGUGCCUCCAGCUGUUGCAAGACUACAACUCCCAGCAUGCCCGGACAGCCUUUGGCUGUCCGGCCAUGCUGAGAUUUGUAGUUUUGCAACAGCUGGAGGCGCCCUGGUUGGGAAACACUGACCUAGACUAUUGCAUCUAAGCAACUCAUUCUCAUCUGUAGGGUUAGAUUUACAAACCAGAGUUUAAAAAGAAGCUUGGAACAGAUGUUAAAUAAAGAAGUAUUAAGGAAAUCUUAUAGAUUUCUUUUACAAAUCUCUUCACAGUUUUGGGAUGCAAGAAGCAACUGCACCACAAACGCAGUGUGUGAACUUGCCUUAUAGGUGCAUAAAUGGCUUGCAACUGCUGGUACCGUUUUUUGUGACCUUCACCUAUUGGGAGAACAUGAGUCCAGUGACAAUUUUUGCUUCUGUUUGUGACUCCGAUAAAAAGAAAACAAAAGGCAACACAAGCACAGCCACCUCUAUUGUGGAGACUGCAAAGGUCCCUGUUCUGUUUGUGUAAGUGCCACCUCUGGUACUGUCACCUAUCAGACAUUGUGGCAAAUUCUCUGAGAAUAUUAAAGGGGUACUCCGGUGGAAAUUUAUUAUUAUUAUUAUUAUUAUUUUUUAAAUCAACUGGUACCAUAAAGUUAAACA